GUUUUUUAGCGUUUAUAUUGAUAUCCAACGAAAGAGAAAAAUCCGAAGCGAAAGGAAGGAGCAUCGUCGCGUCGCCGCCCGUCGUCCCUCGGCCUGCCCGCAAUUGCGUGGGAUCGAGGGAAGAAGGUUCCUCGUCGGACCCUUCGUCAGAUCUGACGUUUCCGUCGCGAGAUCCGUCGUCCAGUGCGGGAUUUACCCUUGCAUUUUGCUAGUUCGGCGACCGGUUCGUCUCGGUUCCGAAGAAUGAGGUGAGCAAUCUUCUCCGUGGGCUCUGGAGGUUGAUUGACGGUGGGCGGUUUGGUUUCGUGGAUCGAGGAGUGAAGAGAUGGGCGAACUCGGGGGGUUCCAGUUGGGGACCCUCGGCGCGCUGAGCCUGUCGGUGGUGUCGUCGGUGUCGAUUGUGAUAUGUAACAAGGCGUUGAUGAGCUCGCUUGGCUUCAUAUUCGCUACUACCUUGACAAGCUGGCACCUAUUGGUUACCUUCUGUUCUCUUCAUGUGGCAUUGCUGCUAAAACUAUUUGAGCACAAAGCUUUUGAUCGGAAGGCUGUCAUGGGUUUUGGAAUUCUCAACGGAAUCUCCAUAGGUCUAUUAAAUUUAAGCUUGGGCUUCAACUCUGUUGGCUUCUAUCAGAUGACAAAACUCGCAAUCAUUCCUUGUACUGUCUUCUUGGAGACUGCUUUUUUGUCAAAGAAGUUUAGUCGGUGUAUCCAACUCUCACUAUCUGUCCUCCUAUUCGGUGUUGGAAUCGCAACUGUGACAGAUCUGCAGCUUAAUUUGCUUGGAUCUGUAUUAUCUCUCCUAGCAAUUGUUACAACUUGCAUUGCACAAAUUAUGACAAACACAAUACAAAAGAAGUUCAAGGUCUCUUCUACUCAACUUUUGUAUCAAUCCGUUCCUUAUCAAGCUUUAACGCUCUUUGUAUCCGGACCAUGUCUUGAUGGGCUCUUGACAAACCAGAAUGUGUUUGCAUUUGACUACACUCCUCAAGUUACGAUUUUCAUUGUGCUUUCAUGCCUAAUAUCAGUCUCAGUCAACUUCAGCACAUUUCUUGUGAUUGGAAGGACAUCACCUGUGACGUAUCAAGUUCUUGGUCAUCUCAAAACAUGCUUGGUUUUGGCGUUCGGUUAUGUCUUACUUCACGAUCCAUUCAGUUGGAGAAAUAUAUUUGGGAUCUCAGUUGCAAUUGUUGGUAUGGUUUUGUAUUCUUAUUUCUGCACAAUUGAGGGCCAGCAAAAAGCUUGGGAAACCUCGUCCCAAAUGUUACAGCUCCAUCCUCCUCCGCCCCAACCUAUCAUUUCUACAAUAUUUUCUCUACUCAAAAAACAUGCCAUCGAUCAAUUAUCAAGCCCUUCAAGUAAUAAGUAUUUUCCAUCUAUCUACUCAUACCUUGUAACUUUUAAAAGAUAGUGAGGAAAGGAAAAUUUUGGUUUGUAAGGAUUUUGGCAACGCAGGACCAAAAGGUGUAUGCAUCAACCAUGAUUAGGAAAUAUCAGCUUUUUAUAGCAUAGCGUAUAUAAGGAUUCAUUGCCUUGACUGUUCUUAGUAGCCAUGGUGCCAGAUAAUUGUUGGUCUGAUAAUAAUUAAUGAUCUCAUUUAGCAAGGACCAAGCAUCCAGAUAUUGCUGUUUACACGGAGGGUUCAUUUUUGUGUCGUCAGAUCGCACUCAAAUUUGUCACACAUUGGUUCUUUAGCAUCUGAUAAAAAAACCAGUGUAUGGUUUUAAAAACUGAAGUAAAAAAAUCAUGAUAUAUGAGAUGAAGAACUGAGGACACCCAAGGAGAUGUUCUCCCUAGAUUUGUGUUUGUACUACGUUACGCUACUCUCUUUUCAAUUUUGUCAAAAUUGCCAUAGGUGAAAGAUGAUGAAUCUGAACCUUUGAUCCGAGUUGAAGCUGGAGCUGCGAUAAACAGUGACGGUCCUUUGCCAACACCAGUAUGGAGCUCUGACAAAGAUUUGCGCGCCUGAGUACUGCUCCAAUGUACAGAAUCAUACCUGCAGAUCUCAACUCUUAGUGUGUAGCGGCGGUUGGAAAAGAAGACUCCAACAUUCUUCGAGGUAGGGAACGACUCUGCAUUCAAUUUCGAAGGCAUUUGUUUACACAAAUUCUCAUGCUGAGUCUUAUUGAGAUUCACACCGAAUAUUAGCAGAGAAUGCCAAUUGUUCUUCUGCAACAUUUGUAACUCAAACGAUUUGCAGUUACACUCUGAAAAUGAACUGGGAACCAGCUCUUUAUUCGUACAACUAAA